CUGUAGUUGUCGGUGAUAUCAACAAUGACACUCAAUUAGAUAUUGUUAUUGCUUGUAUUGGUAUAUUAGACAUAGUGAUAUGGUUUGGAGAUGGUACUGGUUCUUUUGAAAAUCGGGGUUUAUAUUUUGUUAACGCAACUUUAUACACUGUAGCUAUUGGUGAUUUGAAUAACGAUACUCGACUAGAUAUUGUCACAGCAACCUUUGAGAUUAGUUUCGUAAGUGUAUCAGUCCAAUAUAAUAGAGGUGCUCUUGCAAAUUCAAUGACUUAUGCAUCUGGUGGUGGUUCGAAAUUGCGAUCCAUUGCUGUUGCUGAUAUGAACAACGAUACUCGACUGGAUAUUAUUGUAGCUAAUUUCGGUACUGACAAUGUAGGUGUUAUUUUUGGAUACGGUGAUGGCUCAUUUACAAACCAAAUGAUGAUCAACAUGGACUCAAAUUCUGAACCAUCGUCUAUUACUAUCAACGAUUUCAAUGGUGAUACUUAUCUCGAUAUUGCUGUAGCCACUUAUAAUACCAAACAAGUAGGCAUGCUACUUGGAAAUGCAAAUGGAUCAUUUGAAAAACAAGCGAUUUAUCAAACUGCUUUCGCAUCUCCACCGUUGGUCAUAUCUUCUGGUGAUUUUAAUAAUGAUAGCCGAUCAGAAAUUGUCGUGGGAUACGAUGAUACUGAUAAUAUUGAUAUAUUUGUUGCAUACAAUACUGGAUCUUUUACAACAGAAAAUACAUAUCCAGCUGGUUCUGUGCCACGAUAUAUAGCUCUUGGUGAUUUUAACAACGAUACUCAACUUGAUAUCGUGGUUGUCAAUUAUGAUAACAGUAGUGUGAGUGUACUUCUCGGAUAUGGGAGUGGUACAUUUUCAAAACAAGUGUCAUAUUCAGUUGGCUCUCUACCACUGGGUUUAAGUGUUGGUGAUUUUAACAAUGAUAGUAGACUAGAUAUCGUUGUCACCAAUAGUAUUAAUAAUAGUGUGAGUAUUCUUUUUGGAGUUGGUGAUGGGAGUUUUGCAAAUCAAAUAACAUAUUCAGUUGGCACUAAUCCAUAUUUUGUUGUCGUCGGUGAUUUUAAUAACGACACUCGAUUGGAUCUAGUUGUUUCAAACGAAGGUAGCAACAAUGUGAGUAUCCUUCUUGCAAAUGAUAAUGGUACUUUUACUGAUCAAAUAACAUAUUCAACUAAUUCCAGGCCACGAGGUCUAACUGUUGGUGAUUUUAAUAAAGAUUAUUGGCUAGAUAUUGCCGUUGGUAAUUAUGGUGAUAAUAGUGUGAGUAUCCUUCUCGGAAAUGGUGAUGGUACUUUUGCAAAUCAAAAGAUAUAUUCAGUUGACUUCAGCCCACUUUCCGUAGCUGUUGGUGAUUUCAAUAACGACACCAUUCUAGAUAUUGUUGCCACUACGAUAGGUUUAAGCACAGUGACUGUUAUUCUUGGAUAUGGCAAUGGAUCCUUCGCAAAUAAAAUGAUGUUUCCAGUGGGUACUCUUCCGCUAUCUAUAGUUGUGGCUGAUUUCAACAACGAUAAGCAAUUAGAUCUUCUUGUCAUUAAUUAUGGUGACAAUACUAUGAGUGUGUUACUAGGUUAUGGGAAUGGAACGUUUGCACCUCAGAUCACAUAUUCAGUCGGCACUCAACCAUAUGGUGUAGGUGUUGUUGACUUUAACAAAGAUGCUCGACUUGAUCUUAUUGUGACAAAUUCAGGUGACAACAAUGUCUUGAUACUGUUUGGUUGUGACAAUAUAGCUUUUGUACCACGACUAACGCUUGUAACUGGUGAAGAUUCCCAACCACAGUCGUUUGUCAUUGGCGAUUUUAACAAUGAUAUCCAAACAGAUAUUGGAGUGGCCAAUUCACGCGCUAAUAAUAUUGGUAUUUUUUUGGGACUGGGUAAUAUUACUUUUACUAAUCAAACAACAUAUUCAACUGGUAUAAAUUCAUCUCCAUACUCUAUAGCAGCUGGUCAUUUCAAUAACGACAAUCGUUUAGACAUUGUUACCGCAAAUUAUGGUUCUGACAGUAUAAGUAUUUUUCUUGGAUUUGGUGAUGGUUUCUUCGCAAAUCAAACGAUGUAUUCAACUGGUUCAUCUUCAUCUCC